AUGAAUAUCGCCGCCUUUCCUAAUGACAUAUUUCUCCUUAUCAUUGCAAAUCUAUGUCCGACGGACCUAAUUCUAUGUCGUCGUGUAUCCAAGCAAUUCCAUGCCGCAUUCUCCGAAUCAGAUCUCAACUACCAUCUGCUCAAGUUCCAUUAUCCUCGGGUUCGCGAGCUGCGUGGUGCAGAAAACCCAGAGUCAAACUGGUCAGAAGCGUUCAAGCGGGCUGCUUCGAGGUAUCACCAUCUAAAGUCAGGGAGGCCGCAAAGCAUUGAGAAAUUCCCACUGGCAAAAUCACUCGUCGUACCGAGUUGGGCGAGGUCAUACCCAGUUGCUCCUUGGCAGCGUCACUUGCAGUUCGAAGAGAAAACAGCUCCAUUCCACUAUCCAGAUCCUCUAUGGACUUACGAUGCGGGGUUGUUGAUAUUUCCGAAUGCUCAGAAACAGAAAUAUACCGUGUACGAUCUCAGUACUGGAUGGAUGGCAGGAGCUGAUAUCAACUCGGAGACGAAAAUUGUCAGGAGACUAAGGUUAAAACAGAAAGUUCUCGUCGUUGAAUGGUGCGAACCAGAAGCUUUUCAUCAACUCAACGAGAACGAGAGAGUACAUAGGCAUUUUGCGACUACCUAUGAUAUCGUUCGGGAUGGCCAACAUGCCCCAUGGCGAACAGUCUUUAGGAACGAGUGGAAGAUACAUUUCCUGGGAAUGCCAUUGAACUCGCGAGAUCGCUUCUUCAGUGUCCACACUGAAACUCAUUAUGCGAUGUAUCUCUGGCAACCAAAUCGCGGUGCUUGGGGCGAGGAUGAUCCGAUUGAGUCAUUGGCGAUUUGGGACAUAUCCUCAAAUUCGUCUUAUCGCGCAUCUGAAGAUCCCACAGGCAAAGCCAAACCUUCAGAAGAUCUAGAAGGACCAAGGGUUCUUAGGCGUUUUUCAUUCUCAGAUCUCGGAUUCUACAGAAUAAGACAACGAUCAAGCCCUAUCUUUCGGGGUCUCGAACUGGAUGAAAGCAACGUGUACUUCAUUCAGGAAGAUCAUCGAUGGAUUGUCGGAUCUCAAGCAAGCCAUAUACAUCCAAGACUACACAAGGUCAAGACUACUGGCAUCCCCUUUUCAGCUGGACCCUUCUGGGAAGAUGAAUGCGGGGCGGAUGGAGAUGUCAAUCUUUCAUUCUGUGAACGGGCUUCUGAUACGAGAACGCCGAACAUUGCUCCAUGUUGGAGACAUGAAGAAUUCCCAUACCUUACAAUCACUGAAGCCAUGGACGUUGACGCUGGUGUCACUUUCAGCGCCCGUCAUUGCUUUAUGCUCGAAACUAUAUCGAUUAAUGUGAAGCCGAGAGUCCAAAUGAUGGGACCAGGCUAUGAAAUUUCACUGAGGGAUGACUUAUGGCAGCAGCUACUAGCCAAAGGGACGAUUCGCGGCGAUGAAAGAUGGCUUGUUGGGGAGAACACGAAUGAUGAAGUCGUGAUCUUACAUUUUGAUAGGGCAGCGAGGGACACAAUGUAG